AGUGUCAAGUCUGACAUUAAUAUUUUCAUAAAAUAUCUAUUUACUUUUAAUUUAAUAUUGAUCAUUAAUUUGUAAGUGAGGCAUAUUAAAUAGUCAAUCUGAAUGCCGAUUCUACGGUCUACGGGUCUACUUAUCAAGUGUUCUAGUCGUUUAAAAAUAAAAACUGUCUGUUUUUAUAGCUCCAUUACUCUGCUGGGCAAGAGCAAUCCGAAAAUGGCUCAAUCUUCCGAAAGAGUGCUCAACAGAGUGGAAAACAUUACCAAAUCCCAAGAGGACAAGCGCGUAUACAGGGGCCUGGAAUUGAACAAUGGAAUGAAAAUCCUUCUGGUUAGUGACCCGCAUACAGACAAGUCUUCUGCAGCCAUGGACGUUAAUGUGGGCUUUUUAAGCGAUCCCAAGGAAGUGAAAGGGUUGGCGCAUUUUUGCGAGCAUAUGCUGUUUUUGGGCACCGAAAAAUACCCCAAUGAGAAUGAUUAUAGCAAGUUCCUGCAGGAGCAUGGCGGAUCGACAAAUGCCACUACUUACAUGGACCAUACGAUGUACUAUUUCGACGUCAUCCCUAGUAAUCUAUCAGAUGCCCUGGAAAGGUUUGCGCAAUUCUUUAUCGCUCCACUAUUCACUGAAAGUGCCACGGACCGGGAGAUUAAUGCCGUGAAUUCGGAGAAUGAUAAGAACAUUUCCAGUGAUGUCUGGAGGCUGAACCAGCUGGAGAAUCACUUAUGCGACUCCGAACACCCUUUUAAUACUUUCGGAACAGGCAACACCUAUACGUUAAAAACAGCCUUAAAAGAAAAAGGAAUUAAUGUGAGGGAUGAACUGCUCAAGUUCCACGACAAGUGGUACUCAGCCAAUAUUAUGUGUUUGGCUGUACUGGGAAAGGAGUCUUUGGAUGAGCUGGAAGCAAUGGUAGUAGAACUGUUUGCUCUAGUUAAAAACAAGCAAGUAGUGGCGGAUAGCUGGGAAAGACACCCCUUUAGGGACGAUCAACUAGGGAGCCAAGUUUACGUGACCCCAGUCAAGGAUGUGAGGAACUUGAACCUUGUUUUUCCCUGCGGUGACUAUAUUCAGUAUUACAAAUCAGCGCCACCUCAAUACAUAAGUCAUUUGAUUGGCCACGAAGGACCCGGCAGCAUUUUAUCAGCUCUGAAACUGAGAGGCUGGUCGAAUAGUCUGGUUGCCGGCCAAAGAACGAGCCUUCGAGGCUUCAGUUUCUUCGGCAUAUCGGUGGAUCUAACUGAAGAAGGCCUGAAGCAUGUUAACGACAUUGUAAAAUUGAUCUUCCAGUACAUCAACAUGAUGAAACGGGAAAAGCCGCAACAGUGGGUUCAGGACGAAAAUCGCGACAUUGGGAACAUGAUCUUUCGAUUUAAGGACAAGGAAUCGCCGAGAUCGUACAUUUCGAACAUUGUAAAUAGCCUGCAGUAUUAUCCUCUAGAGGAUGUUCUUUACGCUAAUUACAUGCUCAGUGAAUGGAAGCCCGAUCUUAUCGAAGAAGUUUGGGACAAUUUCGAUCCGGAAAAAGCCAGACUGUCUGUAGUGGCCAAAGCACACGCAGCGAUUUGCACAGAAACUGAGCCCUGGUAUGGGACGAAAUAUAAAGAAGAUAAAAUCCCUAGUGAAACUUUAAAGGAGUGGAAAAACGCUGGCUUCUGCCAAGAAUUCAGGUUACCAGAAAAAAACGAAUUCAUCCCAACCGAUUUCACGUUAUAUCAACAGGAGGAUUCAGAAUCAGACAACCCAGUAAUCAUAGAAGAUUCAGCGCUGACCAGAGUCUGGUUUAAGCAGGACAACAAAUUCCUGCUACCAAAAGCGAAUGUGAUGUUCGAUUUUGUCAGUCCGCUGGCUUAUUUAGAUCCACUCAACUGCAAUCUAACUCACAUGUUUGUGCAACUAUUCCGCGAUGAAUUGAACGAAUACGCUUACGCUGCCGAAUUGGCUGGACUUAAAUGGGAACUGAUCAACACUAAAUACGGACUGAUACUCGGUAUUGGUGGCUAUAACAGCAAGCAGGACAUUCUGCUCAAGAAGAUUAUGGAAAAAUUGACCACGUUUAAAGUUGACCCCAAAAGAUUCCACAUCUGGAAGGAAAACUACAUCAGGAACUUGCAGAAUUUCUCCGCUGAACAGCCCUAUCAGCACGCAGUGUAUUAUCUAACAGUUCUACUCACUGAACACUCAUGGAGCAAAGAGGAGCUCUUAGCUUCAAUAGACCAAAUAUCGGUGGAUCGGCUGGAAGCUUUUAUACCUCAAAUGUUGUCCAAAAUGCACAUCGAAUGCUUAGUGCACGGCAAUGCUAGCAAAGACAGGGCUUUGGAAAUGGUUCAAAUCGUUGAAAGUGCUUUAAAAAGGUCAAUGAAUAUGUCGCCCUUGCUGCCCAGGCAGCUUCUGCUCAAUCGCGAGCUGAAACUGGAGGAUGGCUGCCAUUAUUCCUACGAGAAGGAAAACAAGGUCCACAAAAGUUCUUGCAUUGAAGUGUAUUACCAAUGUGGGCUGCAGUCCAGAGAAAACAACGUUAAAUUGGAGCUGUUUUGCCAGCUGAUACAGGAACCAUGUUUCAACGUUCUAAGAACCAAAGAGCAACUUGGAUACAUAGUGUUUAGCGGAGUUCGCAAGUCAAAUGGUGUGCAGGGUCUUCGGAUUAUCGUCCAAUCUGAGCGACAUCCUUCGUAUUUGGACGGCAGGAUCGAGGAGUUUUUAAAGAGUAUGCAAAAUUACAUAAGCGAAAUGUCCGAAGAUGAGUUCUUAAGGCACAGGGAAGCUUUGGCGGCUCACAGACUGGAAAAGCCCAAACAACUGGCUGCUUUGACCAAUCAGUUCUGGAUCGAAAUAACGUCUCAACAGUAUCAUUUCAAUAGAGCCGAAGACGAAGUGGCCUACUUGAGGACGUUAACUAAAUCCGAUGUUCUUGAUUUCUAUCAGGAUCAGUUAAUGGAUGAAGCCAAAAGGCGCAAGAAGCUGGCCGUUCGCGUUAUUUCCACUGCUGAGGGAGGAGCAGGAGUGCAAAACGGCGAUGGGAAAAAUUCGACAACGCCUGCUGUGCAACCGCAGUUAAUCGACGACAUCACCGCUUUUAAAAGUUCGCAUGAAAUGUACCCCUUGGUUCAACCUUAUAUUACUAUAACGAGGAAGGGGAAUAAAUGCAAAUUGUGAAAUGGCUGGACACCGCUGGAAGUCCAGUUUUAAUCCGGCUAAUGAAAGUAAAAAGUAUGUAGGAUAAUUUUAUGUACUUAACGUUCGGUAACCGGUAAGUGUGUUAUUAUUAAAUAACUGAUAUCCACCCAA